AUGCAGGCCUGUUUAUCAGAGAUAAACUCAGUCUUAGGCUCUUUGACAAAGAAAAACGUCAAACAGGCGCAACAAGAACUUUCCACUCUUGUUAAACAAACGGGAGUUUCUUCUCAAAUUAACACUAUUAAAUUCUUAACAAUGGACGUCGUUCAAGACACUUCUAAAGGGUAUAAACUCCAAGUUUUGAAGGACGAGCUGACGAAAUUGUCAACUUCAAAUUUGGUCUUGCAAAUUAGAAAAUGCUUGUCAUCGCUCGCUCUACCCAUUCAAACAAUCAAGUCGCUCGCUCUUCCCCCACAUUGCGAAUUUCUAUUUGGAGUCAACCAAAACAACGAAGACUUGACAAAGGAAGAACUCUUUGUACAACUCUCCGAAAAGCCACUGAAGAUCAAAACAAAUGCAGACCCCAAUGAUAUCACAACACCCUCUCUUCCCGUUUUCUCACUCUUUUCAAAUACAACGGUAUCAUCAACACUGUCUCCAGUCAAUAUUCCAUUGCCCCCGGAUUUCAUCAUAGAAAUGGGGCCGUCAUGUGCCGGGUCUGUUGAAACGUUCUCGACGUUACUGGAUAACACGUUUGGGAAGAAGGAUAAAGUCUGUGGGAAGCUUGUCUUCUUGAUGAUGAAGAACAUUGAAGAGCAAGAGAAAGAGACCAAAUGUUUGUGGGAUGAUGAAAUAGUGGGGUCGGUUAUUCAGUCACGUGGGGAGGCAUGUGAAGAUCUUCCCAGUAUCAUAGACGAUGCCAAAUACAUAUUUAAGAGUAUUGAGGCGAUUUCCUUUAUGGUUCGGAUAUACACAAAAAUUGGGGAAUUUCCAGGGCAGAAAAUGUUUAUAGAGAAUUGGGUGAAUGGACGAGCACAGGGAAGUAUUAUACAAAUGUUAAUACAAAUGGCAUCAUCACCAAAUGCGGAAGGACAGUUUAUUAUGAAAACGAUGUGUGGGUUGUAUAAUGUAGGGACUCAAAGAGGUGUAAAGACUCUUUGGGAACAACUAGGGUUUGUCGACAGAGUGACUGAGGUGUGCGAGAGUUCGUCGUCUGAGUUUGAGGCGUGUCUGUAUCAGCCCGAUUUUCUGUUGCCUGUUUUGUGCAAAAUGAAAAACAGUUCGAUGAGGCAAAAGAGUGUGUUUGUGAUGAUGAAAGGGUGUACGCGGUCGACGCAGUUGGUUCAAAGUUUGUGGAAGAAUUACAAAAUUAUUCUCACCCAAGGGAUGAGAGACUGUUAUUUGGACAAUCCGAGCUGUGUAGAAGAUAUUAUUAAUCUUCUCCCACCCACGGAAGCUGCUAAGGAAUUGACACAAAUCCGCCCCGUCUUCUUUUCGUUGGACGUUGCUUGUUUGUUGUGCAAAAGAGAUGUUUUGAAUAUGGACAAGUGGGCUGGUGAGCAGUCGAAAAUCAGAAACUUGUUUGGGAAGGAGAUUAUUAAUUUUGUGAAGGACAAAUACCUGAUGAAUAAAAAUGUUUCGCCGUAUCGACUUGACUUAGCUAUCACACGAAAGCUUCUCGUGUUUUCCAGUAAUUUGGGGCUACAAAAAGAAGCCCAAGAAGUCGAGCAACAAUUUUUAGCAAAGAGCAACUUUAAAGAGAAUGAGAGGAAUGCGUCGAAGCGAGCAAAUGAUAUGUUCACGUAUUACUUUGAUGGUAAAAUUACAGUGGAAGAUUUUGUUAUUAAAAUUAUUAAAUACAAAGAGAGUACCGAUACCCAAGAGAACGAUUUGAUGAUUAUAAUCUUCAAAACGCUACUUGAGGAAUUUCGACGAGUCAACGAAUUUAGUAAACCGGAGACUGUGAUUCGAUUUGGUAAAUUGUAUGGUGAAAUCAUCAGGAAAAAAGUACUUAGGAAUUGUGCGUUGAUCCAUUUAUUGCGGACCAUCUUGUGGACGGUGAACGAACCGAUUGAAUCCAACUUCUUUAAAUGCGGAUCUGCAGCACUUAAAAUCUUCCAAGAAAGACUCCCGGAGUGGCCUGCUUAUUGUUACUUACUCAAGAAUGCGAAGAACCUGGAGAUCUUUGAUAAAGACUUGUACGCGGUCAUCGCCACCUCUGCGAAGAAUAAAUUUACGUUGGUGAUGAAAUUGAUCAACAAGUUGUUUGUAUCGAUUAAUUUCCAGAUGUGGCUUGAUCCGAAGAACAUCUCGAUCAUCAAGGCCCUCUGUCAUAGUUUUGAGGAGAAGUCUGAGAUGUCGACUGGAGACGUCGAAACCGUCUCAGAAGAGACUUUUGCAACGAUUGGGGGAUCACAACAAGUCCACAAGAAGAUGUUGAUUGAAAUAGCACUGUUUAUGACGGGGUUGAUGUACGAAGAAAGACAAAGACAGUGUAUUAAAGUAUCACUUGAUCUGAUUGGAACAACAGAACACCUGUGUACGUUUGCUGUAGAGUCGGUCAAGAUCUUUAAACGACAGAAGGAGUACGACCAACAAGAUUGCUCACUGUUUGAAGCGUUAGGGUCGUUUUUAGGGUUACUCACGUUGGGGUUAAACAAGCCGUUGAGGACCAACCGAUUGAUGUUAAAAAAUAUGAUUCGCGACGAGACGACUGCGGACAACACGGACGUCUUGAUCACAUUUUUGAUUCGAUUUUUGUCUGCGUCGGCACAGUCUGAGAUUUUUAAUAGCAACAAUCCGUGGAUGGUACCAUUCAUUCAAUUAGUGUGUGCGUUUGCCAUUUAUCCCGAGUUUGGGUCUCAUUUUGAAGAAGCGAAACGGUUUCUGACGAUGUUGAAAGUAUCUCCCAAAGAGUACUUAGAAGAGAAAGGGAACACGCCAGAGAAUGAAAAGACGAUAAGGAAAUUAGCUCGAUUAGUUAAAGAAAAGAGUAAUGGCGAUGGUGGCAUACUGGGAGAGUAUAUUGAUGCAAAGAAAUUGGUACCACUGGCAUUAUUAAAUCAAUAUCUCUUGUCGGAGAGGUCGUUGUGCUUUAGUGGAUUAACACAGGGUAUCGACUAUGAUAUUCCAGACGUUUUAAUAUGCAACUCUUUUCUUGAAGAACACUGGAAAUUGAUGGUGGACGUUUACUUGGACUUUUCGAUUCAAGACAACUCGAAGACGGCAGUGGACAGCUUGAAUGCGAUCAUGAGAACCGUCACACAAAUCGUGCAAAAGGAUUUUGCGAUGGAAACUGAUGUUGUUAAAAUAGCGGAAGCUGCCGAGCGCGUAUUUGGUAUCAUGCAGAAACUGUUGUAUUACACUUGUAGGAGUUGUAUAGUGUCUAUACUGUGGAAGUACUUGGCCUUUUCUGUUAAAUGUGCUUUGAAGCAACAAGAAGAGCCCACCGUUACGUUGGAACAAGUCAAAGAAAGUUUAAUUAACAACCUUCAGAAGUGUGUAGAGCACGCUGUGCAAGUCAAACUUGAUGAGAUGAAGAAGAUGGCGAAGCGAAUUAUAGAACAGUUUGUGAGUAAUAUAUCUGCUGUAAGACAACAAAAUGGAAAGGGACAAGGACAAGACUUUGUUGCGCCUGGGUAUGAGUAUUUAAAGGAAGGGCCACCACUUCCUGUUGAACUUUUAAUAGCGCCGGGUGGAGUGACCAAAUACCAAAUGGAAUUGUACGCCGACAAAGUGUCACGAGAAGUCACUGAACACUUGGACGUCCACUUUGCCAAAAUGCUGAAUGCGCCAAUUCACUUAGAUGUUGUUGAGAAGUACAUUGGGUUACUCACGGAAGAGAUGACAACCAACUCGAUUAAUAGGAUUAUUGAAGAGUGUGUGAUAGUUGGGAGUAAAGAAGCUUCAGUGCGUGCGAUGCAAAUACUUGGGAUGAUGUUCUUAGCGCACAAGAAUGAUCAACAGAUGGUCAUCAAUCACUUGUCAGACAUCUUUAAAAAGACGUGCAGUUUAUUUGAGAAGGAGUAUACUUCUAAGACAUUCAACCCGGAAGCUUUUAAGAAUGUUAUAGAAUCAUUCCUUGAGAUGUCAGUAGAGAAGAUAGUGGAUGGUAUCAAUACUAUAAUGUCAGUGCAACACAUUUUGAAAGCUUUUCAACGACUCCACCCCUCCAAUUUCCCCAAAUUUUCAUGUCAAUGGCUCGAACUGUUUUCACAUAGAAGCUUGUUGUAUGACUUGGCGAAGGCGCCACAGAACAAAACACAAAUUGCAAUGUACUUUGAAUUGUUUAAUAAGUUCCUCCAGUUCUUGCAACCGUUUUUGUUUGUGAAUACAACGGCGACGAAGCAACUGAUAACUGCGGCGGAGGUGUGCGUGUUACAAAUUCGAGAAUGCUUCUCGCUCUUUUUGUAUCACUUUGGGUUGUUACUUGCGACUAAUAUCCCAUAUCGAGCAUUGUCUUUAAGAUUACCCAUUCUUAGUGUCAGUGCCAAUGAAGAGAAUGUCAGAGACUACUUUGAUACUAUACUGAAGAUGAUGCCAAAAGAAGAUGGAGAGAUAUUGAAGGGUGAUGAUGAUGACGAAUCAUGUGAAGUAUUUGAUCGCAUUCCCGCAUUGAUUGGGGUUGUGUGGAUGUUACAUUGCGAGAAGACCGAAGAGAUCAAAAACGUGGUGGUCAACGCGAAAACGGAGACGAAGAUCAGUGUCAUCAAUGCGUUGGCAGACUUGUUAAGAGAGGACCAAGUCACGAAUGGCGUUGUUCGAAAUACAUUGUGUGAAAUAACUGCGAUCGGGAACGAAGAAAUUAGUCAAAUAGUGUUGAGAACAUUGGUUGAAAGAUCAAUUGGAGAGUAUAAGCAAAUGGGAGCAAUCAACGUUCUUAGUGAUAUGAUAAGGAGACGAUGA